GCUUUUCCUUGUAGAUUUCUUUGCCAUUUCCUUCCGACAAAACACCUCUCUGACUAGGGCAUUUACUCAACCUGUUGCGAGCGUCAUAUUUGACGCUUAGAUCUUUUCCGUUUCUGCUACAUUAUCAAUUUUCAACUGUUCCGCACGCGAUGGACGCUCACCACCAGCCUCGCGGCAUCCUCAAGAAACCAGUAGACCCAACGACUCCAUCGCGAGGGAUACGGUGGGACGAAGACAAUAUCAUGCUCACGGAGUCCCAAAAAGGAAAUACGAUGAAGAUUACAGAACCCAAGACUCCCUAUAUCCGAUACGAUUCAGAGAAUGACAUGAUACUAGGGAGCACAGGAAACGUUCCACCGAUGGAACUUUCCGAUGCCAUUUACUCUGCCCAACGAUCUCCCGGGUCGACUGCGUCGCUGUCUGAUACAGAAUCUAGCGGAUCGGGUCGACGGCAUGUCUCUGUUGAUGAUUGGGACGAUUCGGGAGAUGAGAAGGGAGAGAUGGAUCCUGAAGAAGCAGAGCGACACAGAAAGUUUGAAGCCCUUCGUUCUCAACACUACAACAUGAAAGAGGCACUCCGCAAGGGCCGAGAACUCGCCGCAAAGACUACCGAAGGGAACAAAGACACUGCAAAUAUCGGAAAUGGCGUGGGACAGGAGGACGAUGAGGCACCAGAGUAUGACAGCCAUUCGGAUCUGGAUGAUGGGACGUCAUUACCUGGGCUUGAAAAUGAGGUGCAUGAGCCGACGAGCGGGUUGGCCAAUUUGCGGCUAUCUGGGAUGCCGGCGGGGCGUGUUGGGCUGGGGUCUUUGGCUGCUUUCAAAAAGCAACGAGAAGCGAAUGGGGAUGGGAUGGACAUGCCAUAGAAACGGCCUCCGGGCUACGCUGGCAAGGAUAUUAUCAUAGCGGAUCUACUGGUUUGGGUAUUCGCAGCUGGCUGGUAUUUUCCUUAUCUGCAUUCCGUAUCGCAUAUACACAGCAAUUUCAUUGUCCAUAUACCAAUGGAGCGAGUGUGUGAUUCUUUCAUGCGCGUGCACAAUAUAUUUACAAUUCCAAUUGUAUAAAAUAUGUCAAAAUAAUAGAAGUCUACCAAAUAUCCGC